UGCGGAGGUGCGGAAGCGGCGAGACACGACCCGCCAGGCCGCCGCCAUCGCGACUGAGGAACCUCGGAGGUGGGCUCCUCGGUCCUUGCUCCCGGCCAUUCCGGCCCUGGGCGGGGCGCUCCCCGCACCCCGCAGUGCGCGAAGUCGGCGCGCGCUAGGACCGCGGCGCGCCGCCGCCCGCCGCUUUAAGAGGCCGCGCUGCCGCCCCACGCGGAACCCGCGGCUCAGACCGCUCCCGGCGUCCUGACUCGAGUUGAACCCGAGGCCGGACCGGCCGCUGCGCAGUCGACGCCAACCGAGGGACGCGCGCCAGGGGGCCCUCGCAGCGGGCACCAUGGGAGCUGCCCACUCCGCGUCCGAGGAGGUGCGGGAGCUCGUGGGCAAGACCGGCUUCUCGUCGGACCAGAUCGAGCAGCUCCACCGGAGGUUUAAGCAGCUGAGCGGGGACCAGCCCACCAUUCGCAAGGAGAACUUCAACAAUGUCCCCGACCUGGAGCUCAACCCGAUCCGAUCCAAAAUCGUCCGUGCCUUCUUCGACAACAGGAACCUGCGCAAGGGGCCCAGCGGCCUGGCCGACGAGAUCAGCUUCGAGGACUUUCUGACCAUCAUGGCGUACUUCCGGCCCAUCGACAUCGCCAUGGACGAGGAGCAGGUGCAGCUGUGCCGGAAGGAGAAGCUGCGAUUUCUGUUCCACAUGUACGACUCGGACAGUGACGGCCGCAUCACUCUGGAAGAAUAUCGAAAUGUGGUGGAGGAGCUGCUGUCGGGAAACCCGCACAUUGAGAAGGAGUCGGCCCGCUCCAUCGCCGACGGCGCCAUGAUGGAGGCGGCCAGCGUCUGCGUGGGGCAGAUGGAGCCCGACCAGGUGUACGAGGGCAUCACCUUCGACGACUUCCUGAAGAUCUGGCAGGGGAUCGACAUCGAGACCAAGAUGCACGUCCGCUUCCUAAACAUGGAGACCAUGGCCCUCUGCCACUGACUGCCGCCCCUGCAGAGCUCGCCCUCGGCCCCUGCCACCUCCCCGCGGGGCCGGCAGCGAGCGCGGCCGGGGCCUGGGGCUGCGGCUUGUACAUAGUCAACCCCGGCCCCCGUGCUCCCCGCUCCCCAGUACAGGGCAUGGUGUGUGGGCUUUUACGGUUUUUAUCGCCAAUAAAAAAGGAACAGGGUUUCUUAACAAA